UGGAAAAGGGGGGCGAGGUGAAGUGGGGGGGAGAGAAAGAUUCGGACGGAGCUAAGGGACCCCCAUUGAUCUAGUGAAAAGGGGCAACACACAAACACACACACACACAGGCACUGUCGGGGGGGGCACGCAGUGUUUUACACACACACACACACACACACACUUGCAGGCACUCGCACCCCCUUUUUCUUUUCUGCAAAAGCCUUAAAACGAUGCACACUGUCCGGCUGUAGUGCUCAAACCUCACACGUCCUUGCAGCACGGACAAACACACACGCACUUGCCCGUGCACACACCCAUGCACGCACGUGUGUAAGUGCAGAAAGCGGAGCAGUGUGUGUCGAAGGGGGGGGAGAGAGAGAGAGAGAGAGAGAAGAGAGAGAGAUUUCCACUCCCCCCCCCGGGUUGAUUGUCAUCCUCGGUCGAUCGUCACCUGUCCAGCGUGUGUGUGUAUGUGUCCCCCCCCCCCACUUCGCCCGCCCGCCACCCCUUUCUCUCCACUCACCCACCCACCCUUUUAUAUAUAUAUUUAUAUUUUUUUCCCUCCGUGGGGUUAUGCGGAGUGUCACUCACAGGUCCCCGACAUGUUCAUCCCACUGCCGGUCCCCUUGGUCUUCCAAAGAUCCGCCGGCCCGGAGAACGGAUGGCGCCUCAAGUCGCCGCUCGCCCUGCGCUCUGCAAACGAAGUAAGAAUGUCUAAGCCCCUGGAGCUGGAGAAGGCGCGGCUGGAGCUGCAAGAGGAGCACACAGAUACAGAAAGAAAUGGACCUGACACAAACCACCAGACCCAGCAGAGCAAACCUUCCCCGUUCUCCCCAUCCCCAACCAGCACCGGCACCAAGAUCAAAGCUGAAGACCCAACAGAAAUUCCUCCAGCUCCAGCCCCAGUCCCGGCUCCCCCAGCUCAGCAGCCACACCUGCCCCAGGCCCAGCUUAUGUUAGCUGGCAGCCAGCUGGCUGGGCUUACGGCCCUGAUGCCUGCCCAACAGCAGCUGCUUCUGCAGCAGGCCCAAGCGCAGCUCCUGGCAGCCGCCGUGCAGCAGUCCAAUGCCGCAGCUGCCGCAGCCUCCUCUCAGCAGCCUGGGGCUGAGCUGACGGCGCCACAGAACCAGCCCCAGACGCCACAGCUUGCCCUGUCGCAGCCAAUCCAGCUCACUGCACAGGACAUCCAGCAGCUGCUCCAGCUCCAGCAGUUAGUCCUCGUCCCAGGGCACCACCUCCAGCCGCCUGCACAGUUCCUGCUGCCACAGGCCCAGCAGGGACAGCAAGGGCUGCUCCCGACACCAAAUCUCUUUCAGCUACCUCAGCAAAACCCAGGGAGCCUCCUGCCGAACCAGCCUCGUGCAGGACUCCCAGCACAGCAAGUGACUCGGCCUGGCCUCCCCGAGUCCCACCUCACUCACUCACAGCCGCCCAAAUGCCUGGAGACCCCUUCACACCCUGAGGAGCCCAGCGACUUGGAGGAGCUGGAGCAGUUUGCCCGCACCUUCAAGCAGCGGCGUAUCAAGCUGGGCUUCACACAGGGUGAUGUGGGGCUGGCCAUGGGGAAGCUUUAUGGGAAUGACUUCAGCCAGACAACCAUCUCGCGCUUUGAGGCACUCAAUCUCAGCUUUAAGAACAUGUGCAAACUCAAACCUCUACUGGAGAAAUGGCUCAAUGACGCUGAGACAAUGUCUGUGGACUCUACACUUCCCAGCCCCAACCAGCUGAGCAGUCCCAACAUGGGCUUUGAUGGGCUGCCAGGCCGGCGCCGCAAGAAACGGACCAGCAUUGAGACCAAUGUCCGCUUCGCAUUGGAAAAAAGCUUUCUCGCGAACCAGAAGCCUACCUCAGAGGAGAUCCUACUUAUUGCCGAGCAACUGAACAUGGAGAAGGAGGUGAUUCGCGUCUGGUUCUGCAACCGCCGCCAGAAAGAGAAGCGGAUUAACCCUUGCAGCUCUGCUCCCAUGUUGCCUGCCCAGGGCAAGCCUCCUGGCUACAGCCCUCACAUGUCCGUUUCUCUGCUGCAUCUCCUCCAGGUGACCAGCCCAGGCACCGGCACAAGUCUGCCCCUCUCCCAGGCUUCCAGUAGUCUGAGCACAACAGUUACUACCUUGUCCCCCACAGUCUGCUCCCUGACCCCCAGUCGGACAGCGGUGGGAGCAGGGGGCACCACCCUCAACUCGGUCACGCCACCCCCAAGCAACAGCACAAACCCCAGCCCCCAGAGCAGCAGUCACCCAGCUAUCAGCUUGCAAGGCCUGAAUCCCAGUACGGGAAGCACAGUGCUAGGGGUGAAUGCAGGGUUAAACCCAGCGCUAAUGGCCACCAACCCGCUGGCCACCAUACAAGCAUUGGCCAGUGGUGGAAGCCUGCCAAUUACCAGCCUUGAUGCCAGUGGUAACUUGGUCUUCAGUACCAGCGGAGGCACGACUGGAAGCCAGAGCAUCGUGACUUCGUCGCUCUUCCUCAACCAUGCAGGCCUGCCCUUGCUGAGUGCUGCCCCGGGAGGCGUGGGGCUGGUGUCGGCGGCGGCUGCUGCUGUGGCUGCCUCCAUGCCCAGCAAGUCGCCCACCCUGACCUCCUCCUCUUCUUCCUCCUCUUCCUCCUCCUCCUGUUCCUCAUGCAGCUCCUCCAGCGAAGUGGCGCAGACUCUGGGGCAGGCUGGUCCCGGAUCCACCGAGCCGGAUGCCAAGACGGAAUGAGGGCUGAGGGGGGAGCAUCCUCCCUGCCUUCUCGACACGUGGGGGUAGUAAGGAGCGGACGUACAAACCGACGAGUGAAACCAAAAAAAAAAAAACCAAACAAAGAAUUGUCAGCAACAGCCAAACGAAAAACCAACCAAAAAAUAACCCAAAGCAACCAAACAAGCAAAGCAAAAAGGGACAAAGGAAGAAACCAAAAAGAAUUCCCCAAACUUUUAGCGUUCAUUUUUUUUCCUUUUUUCUUUUUCCCCUCCGAUGUUCAGGACAAAAUGCCUUGCAAAAGGUGACUUUGUCAAUUGUUUGCUUGAAUUAUUUUCAUUGAUUUCUCUUUAUUUCUUAUUCGCUAGUUUCCUGGACAGUUUCAGAAAGGAAACAAAUAAAUGGGGAUCGGUUGUUCUUUUUUUGUUUUUGUAAGAAAAAGAAAAAAAGAAAAAACACAUUUAAAAUCCUUAAGGGGAAAAUGAAUCUCACACCAAAAAUCACCAGUCCUAGCUUCACCCAAAGCUUUUUACAGACUUUUCUAACUUCUGUGUCUGGUCGAAUGUCUUUCAAAACUCUUAUUUAUUCUUAUUUAUUCUUUUACUUUUCUUUGGGAUCCAGAAAGGGUUGGACAGGGUGGGGGUAUAUUGGUUUAAUUUCAGGAUCUUGCUAUAUAUAUUUUCCUUUUCCUUUUUAAAAUGCUAAAAUAAUAUCCUUUUCUGCUGUGUUUUUCGGAACUAACUUUAUAGUUUAGAGGGAUUCUCACGAAGGCUAGGAUUUUCAAAAGGCAAUAAUGAGAAUUAGGUACCAACUUCCCAUGAUGGUUUCCUAAUUGAUGUCCUGCAAUGAUUAUUAUUAUUUUGCAUCUCUGCUUCUACCUGACUCAGCCUUGCAAUGAACUAAAAAACACACCCAAGAACCUCUAGACCACAGCAUCCUUUGACCAGCUUGCUUGCCAAUGCAUUCCUACAUAUAUAGCCAAUUCUGGCUUGAAAGGAGAGCUGCUGGUGGUGGGGAAACUGCUCCCUGUCUAGUUCCUUACCUCUGAUUCUGAUUCAUCAUAAGGCCAGAGUAUCUAGUGUCUGGGUGAGAACUCUGUGCCCCUUCAGAGGUUGCUGUACUACAUAUCCCAGCAUCCCUGAGCAUUGGCCAUGCUUGCUGGGGCUGAUGGGAGCUGGAGUCCAGGAACAUUUGGAAGGCCACAGUUUCCCCAUCCUGAUCUAGUGUAUCGAAUGCAGGUGGAGGAGCCUAGGCAUUGCCCUCUCCCUGUUACCCCACUGAGGACGGAAUGAAUUGCAUCCAUUCAGGAGUAAGCUUAUUAGUAACACCUGGGUUACUCACAGGGUACAAAAUGUAAAUACUCAUGUCUUUGCAAGACAAGAAGCCUUAUUGAAAGUCUCAGCCUUCAACUGUUUCAGGAUGGGCAGCACUAAACGUGUACGUUUUGUUUUAUCGGCUUUUUCUUUCUUUCGCCACUGUUCAAUUUUUCUGUAGCUUUUCUUUUCUAAAUUGAUUUUUGCCUGGGGUUAGUAUCAGGGGUUAUUUUUCUGAAAACAGGGGAUGUGUAAUUUUUAUUCUUAUUCUUUUUAUUUUUAUAACUGUGUUCUGAAAAAAAUAAUAAUACUCAUAUUCCAGUGCCUGACAAAAACCAAAACAAAACAAAAAAAACGGGAAUUUCAGCAUUCUUUACAUUUUCCAGAAAAAAACCAAAAAUUGAUAGACAUCACUACAGAAAACAACAAGAUGAAGACCACUGGGGAAUAAAAAUGAAACCACAGAAGAGGGAUAAAAAUCCCCCCCUUUUAUGUGGCUCACAGAGACUCGGAGGCGAGAGACAAAACUUUUAACCAAAAAGAACCAACCAAGUGAACAAAGGAAGCGUACAACAACAAAAAAACCACCACACCAAAAACUUUUAAUUCAAGAAGAAAGGAUGAAAAAAAUACGUGGGAAUAAAUGGGAAAUCUUUACUUUCUCUGGUUAGACAAAUGGCUCAACCGUCUUUCUCUGUCCUGAAAAAAAAAAUACCUCAUGGAAAGGUGCGUUGAGAAGCCAAGAUUUUAUAAGUGGCAAAGAGACAAAAUAAAUAAAAGUAAAACGAACCAAAUCAAUGGAAGUUGGGAGGGUGAGAUCAGAGGAUCCUGAAACUUCCUCCCAGAAGUCUAGAAAGCUUUAAAAAUGGCUUCUCAAAACGCUCUUUUUAUUUUUUUGUUUUUAAACUUUUAUUUUGUACAUUUUUUGUUGGUUUCCUUUAUUUUAUUUUUUAAAAAAACUGGUUGUUUUGGGAUUUUAUUUCUAAAUGUGUUUGAGGGGUGUUUUUUUUUAGUCAAUGUUUUGGGGGCUCUUUGAAUGUUCGUCUUUUACUUUCAACUCCUGCGAACCAAAGUCUUGCUGUUGCAGAGAAGGAAGUUAGCCAUGGCAUACUGCGAUCUGGUAGAAAACAAAAAAACCAAA